AUGCAGAGGCUAAAUAGAAUCCAGUAUAUACAAAAUGUGGUUAAUGACCUAUCAGGAACAUUUAUAUUUCCAAGAGAAACUACCAGUAAACUGGGAAUCGGUCAAACCUCAAGUGAUAAUAACUUUCCUGAAGACGAUAAAAUCGAAAACAUCGUAAUGCGGGCACUAGUUGACGUGAAAAUCGAGUGUGAUAAAAAUAUUGAAUUCGAAGAUGACAUUAUAGAUGAAGAGCCAUUAUGUUGUGUAGAUCAACACGACCAGAACACAAAGGAAGACCAACUGAUUACCAACAUCAAUUUAUUGGCUGAAGAAAGUUCAGAUAACAACGAAGCAAAUAAUCAACCAGAUGAUCUUCCUGGGGAUAUCUCCAAGGAAUUAUUGAAUUUUGUAGUGCAAGACAACAUCACACUUGAAAAUGACAUUAACCCUAUAAGGACUGAACCCAAUGAUAAUAGUACCAAAGAUGACAUAGCAUUGCUAGAACCAGAGUCAAUUUUUGAUGUUGAAAAUUAUGCAAAUAUUUUCGCAUAUGGUGACGAUUUCUUGCCUGAGGAAAUAACCAAUAACAAAAUAGAAGAAACGCCUACAUCAGUUAAUGAUAAAGAAAAUGAAAUCAAUGAGAAAUUCAAUCAGAUAACCAAAGACAAUAUACUAGACAGAUCACAAAAAGAUGAUAAAAUAGAAAGAUAUAGAGAUAAUAAUGAUGACUUGAAAGAAUCUACAGAAAAACAUGAUCAGAUAACCAGUGAAGAAAAUUCACAAGAUAAAAAAGCCGAAAAUGAUGGGAACACCAAAGAAGAUGAUAUUGGAAAGGAAGACACUGGGGAAGACAUAUUAACAAAACAGAUAACACCAAAAGAAGAUAAUGAAACUGAUGUAGAUAUUGUGGAGAUAUUGACCAGAAUAAUGAGGAAAAUGCAGUGA